AUGUCUGACAGUGAUGUUCAUUAUAGUCGCAUUUCCGUGCCAAACACCACGGCUUUCAACCCUCCACUCGUGUCAGUGGUGGUGGAAUACCUCGUCCUUGUAAUGACUCUAGUGGCGUUCAUCUACGGCGCCAUCUCAUGGUGUCUCCUCAACAAAUUCCGGCACUUCAGAAACUUUGUCUACAUCAAUGCAGUCGUUUCCAGUUUGUUGCGGCUCUUAACAGUAUCUAUCAUCAUACCCUGUGUGAUGCAAGUUAUUGUGAUCGACGACCAAGACAUCAUGGACAUCUGCCGCUACAUCUGCACCUACUUCUCGGCCGUGCAGAACUAUUGGAUGCUAGUGAUCUGUUACAUAUUCUACGUGGAUAUUGUAAAAGUGUUUCGUGGGCAUGGAACGGAGGAGAGUGCGCGGUUCUUCUACCAUGGUCGACAACAUUACUCACAUUGUCAAUUCUACGGGAACCAACUCUACAAGUACCAGUGGAGUUCCCGCAAAAAGAUCAUACGGAGGAGGGUGCGCGAUACAUGCGCCAGCGGCUGCACCGCCAUGUUCAACAACACCACACACAUCCUCAACUCUACAGAAACCAACUCUACAAGUACCAGUGGAGUUUUCGCAAAAAGAUGUAUACUCUACGCGGUGGUCACCAUCUCUUCAAUCACCUUCAUCAUCGGCGUCGUCUCAUGGAUCUUAAUAAAGAAGUUUCGACAUUUCAGAAACUACAUAUUUCUGAGCAUCAUAUUCAACAACAUUGUCAACUUAUUGAUGACAGAUUUGAUCAAAAUGAUAAAGAAGAGUGAUAGAUUGGAAAUAAACAUGACCGGUGGGGUGUUGUUCCUGUAUUUCAGAAUGAGUGCGUAUUGUUGGUUGACUAUAUUGUGCUGGAUCUUCUAUGUUGAUUUAGUGAAAGUGUUUAAUACAGAAGUGUCUAAGAAGUACCUUAAAAUAUCUCUCUUCGCUUGGGGAGUGCCGAUAGUGAUUACAGUAUUCUCAACUGUCGUUAUGCCUCACAUUGGUGCAACUGGUGAUAACGCGGCUAUUAUAUUCAAUUCAAUACUUUUCCUUCCAUUCAGUGCUACACAAGCCAUGGCCCUGUUUACAUAUAUACUCCUGACCGCCCUACACGCGACCCUCGCACAGGACUGCGUCAUCAACAACAUACCCGAGCGCAUGGCAUUCGAGAAACAACUCCGAAAAGACCUAAAAUGCAACUAUAAAAUCUUCGAACAUCCUCCACAAAACAGCUCCAGUUUUCCAGUCAAAGUCAAAUUCGUGAUGAAAAAAUUCAGCUUCAACACCGAAGAAGACACAUUCUCAGUUCAAACACGGAUGUCUGUAUCUUGGAACGACCCUCGCCUCCAAUGGAACCCAGAGAAAUACUACGGGAUUGAUGUAACAGAAAUGUCAAUAAUGAAUAUUUGGGCUCCAACCAUAACUCUGGUCAAUUCAGUAAGUCCUGAUGACUUCAAUGACAGGUACUACUUCGCUCGCUGCAACAUCUAUAGUGAUGGUGAGGUGACCUGCAUGCGCAGGGUGACGCACGAUGCGGCCUGUAAUGUCAACCUUACACAUUGGCCUUACGACCAGCAAGAGUGUAGCCUCAUCUUCGAGGCCGCGGAUUCAAAAUCGCUGAACAUACAAAUUAACUCGUCUUCACGUGUUUUUAGUAUGUGGGGUGCAGAAUAUGGAGCCGAGUGGACCAUGGCAGAUUAUAAACAGGAGAGUAACUACACAUCUAACAAACGUUUAAAGUUGACUUUUGUUGUGGAGCGGGAAGCGACGGGUUUAGCGGCGAUCGUGUUCAGAGAACAUACCGAAGAAGAAUAUGAAUCCUCCAAAUCUGCUGUUAUACUACCGAGGUUCGGUUGUGCUGUCGUUGUUAUUAAUGCUACUCUCGUGUGUGUUGGGUAA